UUCGGUACUAAAAUAUUGAAUCGGUUUCGAUGUCUGCCCAAAGCCAUAUUACCAAGAAGUGCGCGUAUUUUCUUUAUAGGCAAGAAACCUUUGGAAAAAUGUUUGCGUAGUGAAACCAUUCAUCUUCGCGUAAUCGUAUGUAUCGGUAGUCCGUGCGAAAUUAGUCUAAUCAAUUUUGACGUAUUUUCUAUAAAAUUAACAAAACACCAUGGAUAAGAGAAAAAUGUCCACUUCGGGGGAUUCCCUCUAUCAAAUUUUGGAUAUCCCUAAGACAGCAACGCCUGAAGAAAUAAAGAAAACUUACAGGAAACUAGCGCUUAAAUAUCAUCCUGAUAAAAAUCCAAAUAAUCCUGAAGCGGCAGAGAAGUUUAAGGAAAUAAAUAGAGCGCACGCCAUAUUAACGGAUUUAACAAAACGCAAUAUAUACGAUAACUAUGGAUCUCUUGGCUUAUACGUUGCCGAGCAAUUUGGAGAAGAAAAUGUUAAUGCUUACUUUGUUGUAACUUCAGGAUGGUGCAAAGCACUACUUGUAUUUUGUGCAAUAAUCACCGGUUGUUACUGUUGUGCCUGUUGUUGUUGUUGCUGCAACUGCUGUUGCGGGAAAUGCAAACAGGCACCUCCUGAAGACAGUGGUACAUACCAUAAUUUACAGGAGGAAGAAAGUGACGAAGAACCAGUGACCGUUCAACCUCAGGGUGGUGCAUCGCAGGGUGCAACUUCUAAUCCUCAACAAGUCUUUGCCAUGCCACCACCUCCAUCUGCAGCUCCAGUGAACGAGAGUACGAACUUGAACAGUGGCGGAGAACGUGUGAUUUAUACUACCGGUAUUUCAACUUCUUAAGUUUAGAUGUAAAAAGUAGCCUUUAUUUAGCACCAAGUCAAUGUUGGCACUUUUGAUAUUUCUCUUUUUCUUGUAUCAUUCGAUAAUAGAAAAAGAGGAUAAAUGAGUGGCAAAUAAGGAACAAGUCGUCCAUCUAAAUUUUUUAAAGUCAUAAUAUGACGUAAAUAGCACAAAUUUAAAAAACAUAAGCGUACUCUUUUAAAUACUGCACAAAAUAAAUUCCAAAUCGAAAUAGAAUCUCGAAUUUUGUCGACGAUACCGAACGCAUGCGCUUGUAUUAUUAUUAUUAUUACUAUUAUUAUUAUUAUUAUUAUUAUUAUUAUUAUUAUUAUUAUUAUUAUUAUUUUUCUAUCUGAUACAAGAAGUCCUAUAAAAAGAAAAGAAAAAACAAAACAGUACGUUUGUCAUGAAAUUACAAGUGAAUAGAUUUCGAGAAAUCGUGAAUAAAUUUGUUAUAGAUCAUAGUAUCAAAUAUUCCAACUACUUGAUAUAAUUUUAUAUUAAUAAUAACAAUAAUAAUGAAAAAUUAUCGAGUGAUAUAUGUAAUCGUACGAAAAAUAUGGUUAAUUAAUUAUCACUAAAGACGUCUUGUGUUAAUUUAAUGAUAUAUAUGUUAAUUGAUUACCUGGUUAAUAGCUGCUUCCAUUUUUUAAUUGUUUGGUGAUUGUGUUUACGUAUUUGUUUGCCUGAAUUUAUUUAUCUCUAUAUUCAUAUACACGAUUUCGUUUGCGUUUAUAUUCUCUUACUUUAGACGUACAUACAUACUUGGCUAUUUAAAUAUUUUUCUUUCCUCUCUUCGCGGCUUUUUUGAUUUAUGUAUUCAUAGACAAAAAUAAUUUCUUAAUGCGUAAUCAUCAUAUAUAAGUUCUCCUUAAUUAUAUGUAAAUAUAUAUAAUAAAUUUUGAUUAUUAUUAUUUUUUUAAUCCGUCAAAGAAGAAGGGCGAAUUAAAACGAAGCAACCAAAAAAAAAUAUUUAAUUUUUUUAUAAUUUUUGCGAUUCUUUACUUUUUAUUUGUACUUAUUUUCUUUGUCUUAUUUUUCCAACUUUGGUCAGCGAUAAUUUAAGCGUUUGAAUAUUGUCUAUAUCUUUAACGUGCUUAAACGCACAAUUGACUUUUAUAAAUAAUAUAUAACAACAAAAUAUAUAUCAAAAUACUUUCUGUAUUUAGAUAGUACUAGCAUUAUUACACGAACUAUCGCUGCCAAAGAAAUUAUCAAUAGAAAAAUGUUUUUUUGUUUUUUUGCAUGUAAUUAUAUAUAUUCUUCCUGAUAACGAUAAAAUAAUUAAUGUCAUAAGAAUUACCGUUGAAGUAAUAUCAAAUGUAUCUUGUUUUUAAUCAUUCUUUUAAUAAUUUACUUCUUGGUCAGUUUUUAUCGUUUUUAAUAUAAAAUGAGUUAUAUUACUUUUUUUUAUGUCAUUAAAAAAAAAAAAAAGAAAAAAAAAGAAGAGAAAAAAAAACAAUUUAAUCAAUCAUUCCUAGUAGUACUUAUAAAACACUUUACUUUUGUAUAUAAGGAGAAAUCUUAUAAAGGCACAGCUUUAAACAGACUUAGUUGUAAUUUGCAUAUAUUGAUUACAACCUUUAUCUCAUCCACAUAAGCUAUCCCUUUUUAAGUUGCUUAUACCUCAUAUAUGUAUAAUAUUUGAUUCGUUCUCUUAAUGAGGAUAGACCAAAUUUUAUAUCUAACUAAAUUUUUCCUCCUAGCUGCUUCGACGAAUCCUUUCAUAGCAUCAACAACUGGAGCAAGCAUUGGUACAGGACCAAC